AUGCAAACUAUCGAGAAAGCGUUACAUCAUCCAAUGCCAUUUACAACCGGUGGACAAACAAUAACUGAUCGACUUACUGCAGCAAAACAUUCAUUAGCUGGAAGUCAACUCGGCAAGACGAUAUGUAAAGCAACAACUGAGGAAUUAAUGGCACCAAAAAAGAAACAUCUUGAUUAUUUAUUGCAUUGUACGAAUGAACCUAAUGUUUCUAUACCAUCGAUGGCAAAUCUUCUCAUUGAACGAACGCAGAAUCCCAAUUGGACUGUUGUUUAUAAAUCACUUAUUACUAUUCAUAAUAUUAUGUGUUAUGGAAAUGAGGUCAGUUUUCAUAAUUUUUUAAAAAAUCGGUAG